UCCUCGGAGUAGGAGCGCCACGUUUCUAAGGCGCCUUGGCGACCUGUCUGUGCAGCGUGCGUCCGAACGCGCCCUUGGGAGAUGGCGGGAGGUGGAGGCUGCUCCCUGUUCUAGGCGACGCCCGGUCUCUCUUCCUUGAGCCGUGGGCGGCGGUCGUAUCUCAGGGCCGGUUUCCCGCAGUUUUCCAGAGUUAGGGGAGAAAGUCGCUGUCUCAGAUACGCGACCGGCUUGAGCGUAGCUGUCCUCACGGCGCGCUACUUUUCUUGGGGUCCUUUAAGAGCUCCCACCUCUUAGAGGUCGAGCAUACGAUGUGUGGUUGGCGACUUGUCUCCAGAUGCAGAGCGUCCUGUAUCCUUGGCACAGGCAGGUCCUGAGGUGUAGUUGGAGUAGAUUGUGCCUUCUGAAGCGAUACCUGUUUACAAUGAAGUUGCAGUCCCCAGAAUUCCAGUCCCUUUUCACAGAAGGAUUGAAGAGCCUGACAGAAUUAUUUGCCAAAGAGAAUCAUGAAUUAAGAAUAGCAGGAGGAGCAGUGAGGGAUUUACUAAAUGGGGUGAAGCCUCAAGAUGUGGAUUUCGCCACCACUGCCACCCCUACUCAGAUGAAGGAGAUGUUCCAGUCUGCUGGCAUUCGCAUGAUCAACAACAAAGGAGAGAAACAUGGGACUAUCACUGCCAGGCUUCAUGAAGAAAAUUUUGAAGUUACUACACUCCGAAUUGAUGUUACCACUGAUGGAAGACAUGCAGAGGUAGAAUUCACAACUGACUGGCAGAAAGACGCUGAACGAAGAGAUCUCACUAUAAAUUCUAUGUUUCUAGGUUUUGAUGGCACACUGUUUGAUUACUUUAAUGGUUAUGCAGAUUUAAAAAAUAAAAAGGUUCGAUUUGUUGGACAUGCAAAACAGAGAAUUCAGGAAGAUUAUCUUCGAAUUUUAAGGUAUUUCAGGUUUUAUGGCAGAAUUGUCGACAGACCUGGUGACCAUGACCAUGAAACUCUAGAAGCAAUUGCAGAAAAUGCCAAAGGUUUGGCUGGAAUAUCAGGAGAGAGGAUUUGGGUAGAACUGAAGAAAAUUCUUACUGGUGACCAUGUAAACCAUUUGAUCCACCUGAUCUAUGAUCUUGGUGUGGCUCCUCACAUAGGUUUACCUGCUAAUGCAAAUUUAGAAGAAUUUAACAAAGUCAGUAAAAAUGUUGAAGGCUUUUCACCAAAACCAAUGACUCUUUUGGCUUCUUUAUUCAAAGUACAAGAUGAUGUCACAAAAUUGGACUUGAGAUUGAAAAUUUCAAAAGAGGAGAAAAACCUGGGUUUAUUUAUAGUUAAAAACAGGAAAGACUUGGUUAAAGCAACAGAUAGUUCAGAACCAUUGAAACCAUACCAAGACUUUGUUAUAGACUCUAGGGAACCAGAUGCAACUGCCCGUGUUUGUGAGCUGCUGAAGUACCAAGGAGAGCAUGGUCUUCUCAAAGAGAUGCAGCAGUGGUCUGUCCCGCCGUUCCCUGUGAGUGGACAUGACAUCAGGAAAGUGGGUAUUUCUUCAGGGAAGGAAAUUGGGGCCCUGCUACAGCAGUUGCGUGAACAGUGGAAGAAAAGUGGUUACCAAAUGGAAAAAGAUGAACUACUAAGUUACAUAAAGAAGACCUAAAUUAUGAGCUCUGCAUCAAACAGUGGAAGUCUUGAAACUUCAUCUAAGAUUAAAUGAAGAGUCAACAAAAAAAGUAAACAGCUGUAUUACCCGGGAAACCAGCUGUGCACUGUAGAAGGCCGGCCUAUCAGAUUCAGAUUGGAUGCUUUAUACACAGUCAGUGUCUCAUGUACAUAUCCAUGAGGAUUCACAUAUGCUGCCAUUGGACCACAUAAGGAUAAACUACAAACAAAGAAAUAAUGUGGAGAAUAAGACAAUGAAAAGAAAAAUAGUAAUCCCAGUUUUUUACUUAUUUGGGAUAUAAGUUAUACUUUUUAACCUUUGAAUUUUAGAUAUUAUAUAGUACUUUGGGUAAAAUGUAAGACAAGUAUACAGGAGGUUGGCAGAUAUUCUAUUGCUUGAAAAUGUUUUUUGAUGAUUCAAAGGUAAAUAUAUCAGUGUUUACAAAGCCUAGUGAGGUCAUGUUUUCAUCUUUGGACAUUUAGUUACUUUACCUACAUAUCAGUUUCCUUACCUUCUUGAUGAAUUCUAAUGAAUUCAUCAAAGUGUUAAGUUUCACAGCAUCAGCACAUAUUCAGAGACCCAAUUUUGGUCCUGUGUAGCAGAACUAGCUGAAGUGUAAUGCUUGAAGCAUUCCUAUUAUGCUUUAAGAUAGGAUGUGUCUAAACAAAAAUUGAGGGAAAAAAGACUGAAUUACAGAUGUUUCCAGGCUGUAAGACAGCCUUCCCUGUGUUUAUCUUCUUUACUGAGUAUAUUUUUAGGCACCGGAGAAAAUAUGGAAAGUAGAACCACAGAAGGGAAUAUGGAAAUAUAUUGAAAGAUUAAAAAUGUAAUAAAGAUCUUACCUAAAUAUUU